CAGAUCUGGCGGACCCCGACGAUCCUCAAGAAGAAAAAGUAAUUUUUUAGAUUUAAAACUGACACUUUUAAUAUUGUGUUUUAAAACACGCACGGGCACUGCAGUCUGUGCAACUGUGUACGAGACUGAAGCUCGACCUGACUUUGGGUCCUACACGGGCACCGAGAUACGAUGUGAAUAUGCGUGAUGUCUCUUAACAGUGGAGGUUAGACAAUCAGAUUUUAUAGGUUUCAAAUAAAAGAUGGAAAUAAAAGCCGUAUGCAUUCUGAAGGAUGAGCGUGAUAUGUAUCCUCAUCUCCCCGAUUUACAAAAUACCGUCAGUGGUGUUGCUGGAACCAUCACCUUUAAAUCGCAGGUAAAUGGAACAGUAUUAAUAAAAGGAAUUAUUACUGGAUUAACAUGUGGAAAACAUGGACUACAUGUGUGCGCCUUUGGAAAUCUUUUUAAUGGUUAUCACAGUGUAGGACCACAUUUCAAUCCUCGAAAGAAAACACAUGGUGGACCAGAAGAUGAACAAAGGCAUGUGGGGGACCUCGGUAACGUUGAAGCAAAUGAAGAAGGCAUGGCUGAGUUUCAAAUAGAAGAUCACCUUCUUAGUCUUUCAGGAACUGAAUCCAUAAUUGGUCGGGCUGUGGUGAUUCAGGCAGAGGAAGAUGAUCUGGGAAAAGGAGGAAAUGAAGAGAGCCUUAUAACAGGAAAUGCUGCGACAGGUUUAGCCUGGGGAGUCAUUGGAAUAGCUGAAGUUGCUGCCAACUAAGGAAUCUAAUACUGC